GGGCGUCCUUCUCGCCACCACGUGGUGGUUAGCAGGAGGGGCUUCUUACAAACGUCACUUCCGUUUUUCCAAUAGCGUUGGAAAAGGUCGGGAGCCGUUAGAAAGACCGGAGUGGAAGGAUUCGAGUGGAAUAAUGCCUAAAUCAAAGGAACUUGUGUCUUCAAGCUCAUCUGGCAGUGAUUCAGAUGCUGAUACAGCGCAUGCAAAUCAUCUGCUGUCAGCCAAGGAAAAAAGGAAAAAACAGACAGCCCCAGAAAAACCUGUAAAGAAACAGAAGACUGGUGAAAGUUCCAGAGGUGCAGCCUCCUCUGUGCAAAGUAGCAACAGAGAUGAGAAUAUGUUUCAGAUUGGUAAAAUGAGAUAUGUCAAUGUUCGGGACUUUAAAGGUAAAGUCCUAAUUGAUAUUAGAGAAUAUUGGAUGGAUCAAGAAGGUGAAAUGAAACCUGGCAGAAAAGGCAUCUCUCUAAAUCCAGAACAGUGGAGCCAGCUGAAGGAACAGAUUUCUGAUAUUGAUGAUGCAGUAAGAAAACUGUAAAGAAGAGCCAUACAGAAACUCUACUGUUAUAGGUCUAAGUAGUCUUUUUACAUUAGCAUUCGUUUUUUCUAAACCUAUUUGUUUUCCAAGCUAUUGUAUAUUUGGAUUGCAAACAAUUUGUAAGAUGGAAUGCUUUUUUUAUUGUGCAUUAAAAAGUGUAUUCUGAGUGAAGUUACAAAUGUGUAUACUUUUAUUAAAUAGGUGUUAUGUUUUCACAUCAUGAUGUAAAAUAAAACACAUUUAAUUAA